AUGGGUUGCCUCAAGGCUCUUAUAACUUGCGCCCUCAUUGCGUCCCUGGCUCAGGCUAUUUCAAUGGGCGGUGACGCUCUCGAGGACAGACAAGAAUCCUGUGCCCAAAUUCACCUUCUUGUCGCUCGUGGAAGCACAGAGCCUCCUGGUGAUGGCCAGCUGGGCUCGUUGGCUGCACGGAUCAUUCGAGCACACCAAGGCGCCACCCAGGAGGCAAUAGACUAUCCUGCGCUUCUGAAUCCCUACUCCACCUCCGUCAGAGCCGGAACCGCAGCGGUUCUUAACCAACUGACUGCUUAUGUGCGGCGCUGCCCGAACUCCAUGGUCGUUCUUCUGGGUUACUCUCAGGGUGCCCAGAUUAUUGGAGAUGCUCUUUGCGGCGGUGAUGCAGCUGGGGCAGGGCCAGUUACUCCCCCGAUGGACCGUAACAUCAGCGACCAUGUCACUGCCAUAGUCUGGUACGGUGACCCAAGAAAUGUUGCUGGGAAACCAUUUGAUAAGGGGACUGCAACGAUGAAUGGGAUCUAUGGGCGCCCACCGGCACAGUCGUGCGACCGCUUCUCCAAUUCAAUGGCGUCCUAUUGUGAUCGCGGCGAUCCAUACUGCGCCCAAGGGGCAAAUGUUGGUGUUCAUCUCACUUACCCAUCACGAUACGACAUUGCUGCAGCGACGUUUGUCAACCAGAAAUUAGCCUCUCCGACUGUAAAAUUCUAA